AUGGCCCUGCUUUUCCAGUCUGUGAAACGGAAGGGCUGGAUUAGAUGGUCUCUGUGGCCCUUCUCAACACCAACCUUGCCCAGAGCCGCACAGCAGGCCACGUGCUUUCCAUCCAAUGCUUCUCGCAUCUUCUCUGCCUCCACUCAGGGUGGGAACCAGCAUUCGCCCCUCCCUUGUCGGCAUCAGGUUUGGCGAACCUGGAGGGGGCUUGGGGAGCACCUCCCUGACUUUCACGGACAGGCGUGUUUUGCUCAUACUCCCAUUUCCCGGAGUUUUGCCAAUCUGAGGGUUGUAAUGUGGUUUGCCUUUUCUCCUCAUCGCUGCCUCAGAUGCUCAAGAUGCUGUUUUCAGAAUCUCUUCCUGCUGCUUUUCCUGGCUCAAGGCUGCAACCCCUCACUUGUAGCCUCCCUGCCAUUCUUCACUCGUCAGCAACCCUUUGAGUCCAGAGGAAACCGGACCUGA